AACAAGAACUCCUCUUACGUUCCAAAUUCUUUACGAUGUCUAGACAUGAUAGUUUUCCCUCGCCAAAUUGAAACAUAGCGGGUUCUUUGACUUCUUUCCCUGGAAUAAAGAGAACCAAAAUCGUCGGAAGAUCAGAUGGAUCGGCUAAGCCAGUUACCGGAUAGUGUGAUCCAACACAUUCUGUCCCUAACAGACGCAGAAUCAGUGGUACAGACCUGCAUCCUGUCUAAGAGAUGGACCAAUAUUUGGAGACACGUCCAUACUUUAAAUCUUUUUAGCAUCCCUUUCAAAUCACUCUGUGACUUCAGACGUUUUAUUGCGCAUGCCUUGCGCCAUUGCGAGACCUCUUCUGAUGUUCUCGCGAUCAGCAUGGAGCUUGGCCUUAGUGUCUACGAAGGUUGGAAUGUCGUAAUUGAUGCACCAAGGCUUACUACCUUCAAACUUGAAAACUUGGAGCCAUUGUUGCUGUCCAUCAACAAUUCUCCUCUUCUUGACAAGGUGAUUGUUAGCGUGCCGCAUCUUAUCUUCAAGGCUGAAGGGAAAAAUGGAGAAUUAUUUUUGCUUGUGACCAACAUGUUAUGGGAGUUCAGUAAUGCGAUGUCACUUGCCGUGUCAUCAGAUAUAAUAAAGUCCUUGAAAGUGAAGGGAUACAAACCUACUUUUGCUUUACGUACCACUGAUGAAGUUCUUCGAUUUAAGCGCUCGACAAGUGAAGUUCACUGACAAUCAAAGGUAUUUUUGCAUCUGAAUGCUCACUUUCUAUGUUGUUUUUGGUUCCUUAACUAAAUGUGGUUUCAAUGACUCUUGACAUUAGAUCUCAUGCAACCAUGAGCACAAGAAUAUAUUGAAUCUGAACUA